GCUUAUAGUUUCCUAAAUGUUACUGAAUAUUCGCACUACUAGUUGUGAAUGGCGAAGCAUCUUAUUUUCACUAUCCAAAGAAAGUUUAUUGAUUGCAACGUUUGACUCUGACGAUAAUGUGCAUGACUCUAUAUCAUAUGUUUGGCAUUCAUCGCACAUUGGUUAUGGUUUUCGUCAACUACUCAAGGACUCAGCAUCAAACCGCUUCAGCAGUUUCAUUGAGAAACUUGACUGUUUUUCGGGAGAAAGAAUUGAAAAUUCAUCUAUAUCAAUAGUAAUACCUGAUUUGAAUACAUUGGCUCUGUGA